AUGGUAGGACAGUCUCUAUUAACACAGGGCCUCGAGGAUCUCGGACACAAGUCGAAGGUUAUUGAUAAUAAGCUUGAUGAAUUAUAUGCACGGGACGACGAGCUUCAGGCAGCACACCAACAGGCCAAGCGUGACGAUGCAUUUGGUGAAGAAGUCGUGAUUAAGUACAAAGCGUUUCUUUUAUGCCGCGACCAAUUAAUAUUUGAGUUAGAAAGGCAGAAGAUUCAAGUGCCAUGGCAGCUACGCAUGACCAUAGAUGAUCUUGAGUUAACGUUGAUGCAACGUCGGAAGAAGGACAAAGUAGACUCUGAUUUAGAGACUAGAGAGAAGAAAGAUGGACCAAAGUCAUUGAGACCGACUCAAACAUCUGAAGAAUCUUUUUCAACUGCGCAAUCUGUUCGAGUCAUGGUAGCAUUUGUUGGACCUUCACUGAUCGCAGUAAUGAUUGCCGUGUUUUGGUACUAUUAUCAUAUCUAA